UGUCAUAUAACAUGGUACUAUAUACGUUAACGUUACGAAUCCCAAAACAUGAAGAUAAUAGUAUAAAAGACAUGAUUCGAUGGGACCUACUUUAAUGUAAAUUAGCCGAUUGGGGUAAAGUGUCUGAACCCUUCGCCUCUCUCUCUACAAAACAUAUCUUCAAACCUCGCCGCUCAAUCCACCGGAGGCAAUGGCGUCGCUUACCUCCACUCUAACCUACUGGCUCGUUAACCACCCUUACAUAGCCAAUUUCACUUGGAUCGAAGGUGAGACCCUUGGCUCCACCGUCUUCUUCGUCUCUCUCGUAGUCUCCGUUUACCUCUCCGCCACACUCCUCCUCCGAUCCGCCAUCGAUUCGCUCCCAUCGCUCAGUCCCAGCGUUCUCAAACCAAUCACAGCCGUCCACAGCCUAAUCCUCUGUCUCCUCUCCUUAAUCAUGGCCGUCGGCUGCACUCUCUCCGUAACAACAACCUCGUCUCAAGAUCCCAAGUCGCGUUUCCUCCACGCGAUUUGUUUCCCCGUCGACGUGAAACCUAGCGGACCUCUUUUCUUCUGGGCUCAAGUCUUCUACCUCUCCAAGAUCCUCGAGUUCGGAGACACGAUCCUCAUCGUACUCGGCAAAUCAAUCCAACGGCUCUCGUUCCUCCACGUAUACCACCACGCGACGGUUGUGGUCAUGUGUUAUCUCUGGCUUCGGACUCGCCAGUCUAUGUUUCCUGUCGCGCUCGUGACGAACUCGACGGUACACGUCAUCAUGUACGGUUACUACUUCCUCUGCGCCGUUGGAUCGAGGCCUAAGUGGAAGAGGUUGGUCACGGAUUGUCAGAUUGUUCAGUUCGUUUUCAGUUUCGGGUUAUCCGGUUGGAUGCUCCGAGAACAUUUAUUCGGGUCGGGUUGCUCCGGGAUUUGGGGUUGGUGUUUCAACGCUGCGUUUAAUGCUUCUCUUUUGGCUCUCUUUUCCAACUUCCAUUCUAAGAACUAUGUCAAGAAGACGAAUGAGGUUCACCAAAAAGGCGAUUAAGAUUAUUUAGAAGUUUUGAUCUCUUGAUUUCAUGUUCUUCAUCUAUAUUUUCUAAUCCAGAUUUUUUUCAAGGCAGUAGAAGGUUUUUACAUAAA